GGUCGGUGCGCCACGGCAGAAGCCUUGCGGCUGGCGAAACAACCGUUGCUGCAUCAACUGCACUUCCGUCUAAGCCUCAUUCCCAGUGCUAAAUCUGAGCGUGUCCAAUGUGGGAUAUAUGUGUGUUGCUCACACGACGAAAGGGCUGCAAAAAUGAGAGGGAGGGAAAGAAGAGGGACGUGAACCGCCAGGGGUAUACAGGUUCCCACGGAGUGCAGGUUUCAGAGCGGAAACGAGAACGUGUUCCAAUCCCUUUGUGGAGCUCGUUCUGCGUCGCUGCCGCGCAGAGAAUAUCGUGGAUGCAGCUUCCUCCAUGAUGUUCUGCCCAAGGUCAAGCCGGUCGUGCGGUCAGCCUUUGUUGGCCGUUCUGCUAUAGCAAGCGGAGGUCAUUGUAAUAGCGUUCCGGACUUUCAGGCUGUCAACACUGCACCUGCUCAGCAUCUGGCACACAAGACUAUCAUGACAUCGAACACUGAAGGUGGACACACAAGCGGUCGCGAUGGGCUGCAGGCUGCAAAUCCUCACAGAGGCUCGACCUACGAUUCCUGCUUACCAGAUGUCGGUCAGCUGUUAGUCCACGAUGUGGCCUCCCAUAACGAAGCGCACACAAGCAAGAGAGGCGUUACCUGCACUGGAUACAGCACUGAAGCCUCUGUAGACACUGAAUUGCGGGGCUUUCCUAGCGAAUGCGUCGUGUGUGGACAAACAUUCACACACUGGCGGGCACUCCGAAAGCAUAUGGCGUCACAUGAUCCCGGGCCAACCGACCCAGCCUUCUUCAGGAACUGCCGCACUGCUGACGGAAAAAUGCAGUGCAUGAUCUGCGGCGUCGUCAAGAGAGACAAACGUUCCCUUCGCUACCACUUCGCGUCCCACACCACUGUGCACCAGUUCAUCUGCCCAAAGUGUCCGGCCAGCUUUAAGGCAUCUCACCGCUUCAUCACCCACUUCACGCGAGCUCACACGUCGCUGGCCCGGAUUUUUCGAUGUGAACUGUGCGACUUCACCACCCUGUACAGAGAACGUCUGCACGCGCAUAGGCUGAGACACGAUGGAAUCGUCGAGAAAGAACGUUGCGAGGUGUGCUUCCAGAUGUUCGGAAAGGAGGGAAUCAGGUACCAUUACUUUCGCCACACGGGCGAGAAACCGCACGUUUGUAAGGUGUGCGGCAAAGGAUACAGUAUGAGAGGGCUCCUGAAAAAGCAUAUUGCUUCCAUACAUUUGGGCAUAAAACGCGUGCGCGAACACAGAGACUGUCAGGUGUGUGGUGCGAACAUAGAUCUCCGAAACUUAGAGACGCACAUGCGGCGUCACACCGACGAACCUACGAAUACCUGUUGCAUCUGCGGGAGGCACUUCUUCAGCCUCAGGGGAUACGUCCUCCAUAUGGAGAGAAUGCACGUCCGCAAGAAAGAUCGGGAAUGCCCGGUGUGCGAGAAAUCCUUUCAUGGUCUCUCACAGCUGCAUCAACACAUGCACGUGCAUGUGGAGGAAAAGCUGUUCAAAUGUGAAGUGUGCGGGAAGGCGUUCAGGUGGAAGCAUAAGGUCGGCGACCACAUGAAGACGCACAGCGAGGAACGGCCCUUUAAGUGCGAGCUCUGCGGAGAAGCGUUUAAGUGGAAGCAUAAUCUGGCCAACCACGUGCGAGCCAAGCACAAGUGAACGUUCCUUUCACACGAAGAAGUGCGUGAUUGUAGGGUUUUGAUUUCUCUGUUUUUAACUAUUUAGUGUUUUCAAAGAAAUGUAAUAUAUGGAAAUACAUGAAAUUGUGACGCGUCA